UCUCGUGUUGAAUUUUCAGAAUCAACAGCAGCUACAAGUAUUACUAUUAGGUAUAACUUCAUGAGAGAUCAGUGAAAUACCUGCAUUUUGUGGUGAAGCGAGGAGUAUUCUGAACGCCGAAGAGAGCAGCGUAAUACGAGAUCAUCAUGCAAUAAUAGUUGCUCUCUUGGCUGGAAUGAGCGGGUCAUGUAGGAUGUUGUUCUCCCCCUCCCACGGUAAUGAAUGAUGGCAAGUGUUGAGGCACGUUUGAAUUUGCAGCAGACUGCUAAUUGAUUCAAAAAGACACUGAUUGUAUUGGAGAGUAGUUUCCGGAGUAUUAGCUGUACUGUGUACAGAACCACCAUCUAAGGACCAGAGUUCUGCACGGUCCCCUGUAGACUGAGAUUACUAGUAUCCUCCACCAGGACAGCGCAUACGAGCAGACGGUGAUCAUGGACGGCGCAGGCUUGGCGCUGCUGGACGAGACCAGCCUGAGGGGCAUCUUCGCCUCGCUGGACACGAACUCGCUGGGCUAUCUGGUACAGGACGAUCUGGCUAUCAUGUGCGAGCAGAUGCAGGUCGAUCCGGGCCAGGUGGAGUUUCUCAUGCAGCUGCUGGACCGCGACGGGGACGGUCAGAUCACUUUCGAUGAUUUCUGCGCUGGAUUUGGUCGGGCGACUAAAGAACAGCUUGUGGCGCUAUCUCCGUCACCACGUCGUCGAGGCACGACUCCAGAACCGGCUGCUGGUGUUGCUGGCAAGGCACGGGAAGAUGUUGUGUCACCGCUAGCACGCACUCCAUCCGACAACAGCCAGGGGAAGCCGGCCGACAUGGACCAUCCUGGCGACUUGCGUCUACGCAAGGGCCACGGUCGUGUUCCGUCAGUGACGCUCACCGAUUCCGACAUCAACGAAGGAGAGGAGGACGGCAGAGAAGCGCAACGGCAUGAUAGCCGCACUCUGUUCGACCCCGACGACGCGGACUCCAUACCUCCGACAAUGCCUGGCUCGGAUACCGCCACCACUGCCGCCCAGUCGCCUGGGCAUCCCGGUGGUGAGUUUCGCCUGGUGAGCGGCCUGGAGGCGGAUGGUGCUUCUGAUAACAACACACCAGCAGGCAGUGAACGACCAACACCUGAUGGAGCGGUGGACAGUGAUGACAACAACCCGAAACCGCCGACGAACAACAAGGACUCGAAGCCAGAUGGUGUCGAAGUCGAGCCUAAGUUCACUCUAAACCUGAAGCGUUUUGGCCGUCGCUCGCGGCCUCUAAGCGUCGUCGUGCCAAACCAGUAUGAGGACGACGAUGAAGACGACAUGUUCGGCAGCGCGACGCCCGACGCAGAUUCUCCGACGGACCUGCGCUCGCCGACCCGUGGCAAGCGGCAGCACUACCUGGAUGGAUUUCCGCAAGAUGACCUGCGAGAGCACCCACGAACUCCAACAGGUACGCACGAGAAUCUCCGGCACACGGUCAUGGCCAAGCGUAUCGGCCUGCACAGCAUCGCCGAGGCACUGAACGAACACCACCAGUCCUACUCGCCAAGCGGACCGGAGUCGCGCAGCCCGCUGAUGGCCAGCACGCCCACCACCGGGCGCAAGAUGUUCCGCACCAUGUCUCCGCUGACUCGGCAAACGGACGGGCAGGAGCUCUUUGAAACCGCGGGACCACUGUCUCCAGUUACAGAACUGUCGCAAGAAGAUGCCAGCGCUUUUCUGGAGGAGCAAGUGCGCAGUGUGCUGGAGGAAUGCAACAUCAGCCCCGGCCGUGCCAUAGACAAGAAAGACUUCAGCCUGGUCUGCAGGCAGCUGAACAUGGAAAUAGCUGAGGAACAGGUGGAUGAGCUCUUUGAACAGCUGGAUAAAACUGGCGAAGGUCUUAUCAGUCUGGAGGGCUUUGUCGAGGGUGUGUCAACCAGCUUCAACGCUAGUCCACUGCACGACAAGGAUCACUCGGCUGGGAGAUCCUGGUCUCAGCGUCGCAGUCCUGCCGCUGGCGGUGACCUGGCCUUCACGCCGUUCAACGGCAAAACGUCCACCAAUCGACGCAGUGUGCAGCAGCGGCCUGGCACACCCAUGCAGCGUAGCAACUCUACUAAUCGCGUCAGUACACCUGUUGUGCCAUUCAGCUACAAGAGAGAACUGUUCCCGGUGCUCACACAGCUUCUAGAGGCUGAUGAAGCUGGGAUGGUAAAGAUUGACACCAUCUACAAAGUCUGGCAGGAGCAGAAUCUGGAUAUGGAAGACGAAGAGUCGAAUGCUAUAAAGUUUCUAUCUUCACUGGAGAUGAACACCAACGGAACAGUGGAUGUCAACCAUCUGACGUCGCGUUUAGAGAGUGCUCUGGAGAAUGACGAGCUCACAGCCAAUGCCACAGGCAAUCGUUACCUGGCAUUGCACUUCAUUCACGAAGAGAUUCACGCGCUCAGGCUGCAGCACCAUCAAGGCGAGCUCGAGACGCAGAAGGCACGUAAUGACCUUGCACGCAUUCAGGAGGAGCACAAUCGACUUGUCACAGAGGGCGAUGACCUGGUGGAGCUGCAGUCCAAGCGACACGAGCUGCGCUUAAAGGAGGCUGAGGGGAAGUUCUCUGAGAAGAUCGCUGCUCACGACAGGGAGCUGCGCACGAUGCAAGACAGGCUGUCCAAGGAGGAGAGCCUGCAGCGUCAGCGCCUGGAGCAGGCGCUGGAAGACAUGCAGAGCGAGGAGAAGAUGCUCAGAGCGGAGCUGAAAGAAAAGCAAGAGCAAUUGGAUGAGUACGAGGCUGACGUUGCCGAGGCCAACAGCAAUGUGCACCUGUGGAAGAGUCAGUGUGCAAAGCUGAAAGAAGACCUCGAUGCUCAGCGGGUUGAAGCGUUACAGCUGUUGCAACGGGAAAGUGACGACAAGGCCUUCCAGGAACAACUGGAAAUGGAGAUUGCCAAGCGCAUGGAGACGGAGAGAGCGGCACAGAAGGCACUGCAAGAUCAGUAUGACGAGAUGAAAGCUGACAGGGAUUUCCUCCGCCACCAGCUAACCAUCUCGCAGAAGAAGAGCGGAAAGCGCCUAUCCGGAAAACACUCCAGUUCCCGCCUGAAAACGCAGGAUGUGCGAGUGAAAGCGUCGCCGCGUGUCGGACGUCGCACGUCGGCCCGAACUCCAACGACCAACCGUCGCUCUGUGAACCUGGAUCAGCAGCCGACGCGGCCCGGCGCCCUGGACUUCAGCGAGCCAUCUGACCAGGAGGACACGAUGGAUGCCGAUCUGAUGUCGCCAAUGGACAUGAGCCUCAUGGACGAGUUGAACACGGACACAAAAACUCCAGUCGAUGAAGAGAAGCUGGAGCUGAUCGGCAAGUGCGCGUCACUAGAGCGCGAGAAACUGGAACUGGCAGAUAGCAACCGCCGCAAUGAAGAGAAGUGUGAAAAGCUGGCGGAGGAGCUUGACACAGCAGCUUCUGCUCAGGCACAGGCCGAGAAGGAGGCGAACAACCUUCAGCUGGCCAUGAAGGCAAUUGAUAUGCAAAAGACCCAGCUACUGGCGGUAAAGGAACAGCUCUCAAGCUCACUGGAAGAGACUGAGGCGCAGUUGAUAACGUCUCGUCACAACUGCCGGGAAACGGAAGACCGUGUGGUGCAGCUCUCCACCGAGCACAGCACACUCUGUGAGCAGCUACAGCAGGCACGUGAUGAGAGUACCCUACAUCAGCAACAGACAGCUGAGGUCCGGGAACAGAUAACUGUCCUUGAGGGCCAGCUUUCCGGAGCAACUGCUAAGCUUCAGGAGACCCAGACACAGCUCGAAGAGGCAAGCACAGCCAAGGAAACGCUGGAAGUCCAGGUGGUGGACAUCACGACACAGCUGGAUGGUGCGGUGAAAAGACGAGCUGAACUGGAAGAAACGAUGAAGCUGUCUGACUCUGGUCUGCGAACUGAACUGGCCGAGUACCAGCGCACCAGUGCCGAAGAGCGUGACACGUUCACCAGCACAAUCGAGCGGCUACAGGAGCGGCUUGACGAGGAAAUGGAGGGGCGACAGACCGCACAGGCAGCGCUGAAGGACAGCACGUCGGAGCGCGAGGACAUUCAGCUAGCCAACGAAGCUCUCACCCAGAACAUUGACCUUCUGGCAACGGAAAAGGCGGACGCUUUCAAGCAGUUGGACGUAGUGCGUGCGGAGUGUGAGAGUGUCACCACCGAGAAAGCCGAGCUGAUCCAAAAGGUACAGGAGAGCAGCAAUACCCUGGAGGAGAUGAGUGACCAAGUGAAGAAGCUGAGUGACGAAAAAGAACAGCUGAAAGAGGCCGUCGUUGAAGCAAAGCGUAAUGAGCGCGAUGAGGGAGACAGGCGACUCCAGGAAGCGCUGGCAUCCGCUCGGGAUACCUGGGAAGAAACAUUCCGUGAGCUGACUGCAAAGUACGACACUGCACAGUCGCAGCAGCAGGAUGCCGAGCUGCGCGCCGGGGAAAUGUCGAGCCGAGUGACUGAACUGGAACGGCGGCAGUCCGUCUUGUCGGAGGACGCGGACAAUGCACUCAAGCAGCUGCAGCAGGCACAGGACGAGUACGAGACCAUGGAGACGCAGCUUCAAGAGUCUCGGAGCCAACUCACUGCCGCCGAGGAGCAAGCUGAGCUACUCAAAGCGACAGCCAGCAGCCAAACGAAGGAAAUUCUUGAAGAGUGGGAGCAAAAGCGAGCGGACCUUGAACAGCAGCUACGCAGCGCAGAGGAGCAGUCGCAGGCAGUGGAAGGCGAACUCAGCGACGCUCGUGCCACAGCAGACCGCUUGCAGGAAAGCUUGACCGUGGAGCAGGCGAAGCUUGAGGAGGCAGUGUCCGAGAUUGCACAACACAAGACUGUUCAGGCGGAGAGCGUCGCCGCACACACAUUGGCUCUGCAGCAACUCCAAGAACAGCUGGAUCGGAAUAGAGCCGGUGCUGAUAGCCUCCAGGCAACAGUUGUGUCACUAAGAGCUGAGCUCACCAGUGCUCAAACAGCUGCUGCAGAUAUGCAGGCUGAUCACGCAGCUCUGCAGGCGACUGUUGAGCAGCUCAGAGCCUCGAAUCUGGCCAGUAGUGAGAGGCUGAAUGCUGACCUGGAGGCAACUGUGACGUCACUGACAGCAGAGCUCACCAAUGCUAAGGCAACUGCAGCUGAUAUGCAGUCCCAGCACACAGCUCUCCAGCAAACUGCUGAGCAGCUCAGAGCCUCCAAUAUUGCCGACAUUGAGAGGCUGAACGAGAGCCUAUCCGAGCAGUGCGAGGCGGUUAGAACGGCUACGAAAGAGGAGUGCGAACGCGAUGCGGCAGAGCGACUGGAACGACAAUCGGCAAUGCACUCGGCCGAACUGCUGGCAGCUACCAAGGCACGGGCCGACGAGGUAGAGCAGCUGAAGGACGAGAUGGCUACCUUGCAGGCUCAGCUUGUUGCACAGUCUGCAAAGCUCAAGCUGCAGGCCAAACAGAAGGACAGCGAGGCGCUCAUUGUCGAUCUUCACUCUCAGGUCAAGGAUCUGGAAACACAGGUGACAAGCGAGAAGAAGCAGAGGACAAAGAUUCAUGAGGAGUUGCGCGGCGCGAUCUCGGACAACACACGUCUCACCCUGGAGAUGACACAGCUGCAGAGCGAGCUCCAAGAGCAGGCUGAAAGACAAGUGCACCAGCAGCAGCGGAAAGCAGAGGUGGAUCAGCUCGAGCGGCGCAACCGCACUCUCAGCGAGAACGCCGACAGGCAGCAGCAUGAGAUUGCUCACCUGCGCGAGGAGCUGCGUGGCGCGGAGCACCUGCGGCAGUUGAACAAUAGCAACGAGGAGAGAUGGCUGGCUGAGAAGAACGUGCUGCUCAACAUCAUUCAGCAGCUGGUGGACACGAUCACAGUGGAACCUGCUUCCUCUACUACAACCAGCAGCAUGCUGCGCUCACCAAGACACACCGCUAUGGCUACAACCAGCGCCAGGAAAACACCACCGCCGGUUGCCAGCAGAACAGUGAAGCCCCGGCAAACCACGCAGACGACCCCUACAGGCGGCAUGUGGUCCAGGCCAAGGCCAAACUAUUACAACGCCUGAAAGAUUGAUUGUGAAAGAUUCAGGCGAAGCGAACAGAUAGACAGCGGACUUGCGGGGCAUACGCUACCCCGUUCUCACGUGGAGCGAGUGAUGCAACACCUUUUUUGAGUGUCCUGCUUCAUAAUAGUUUCCCUAACAAAACUGUAUGUAUAAACCACACACAAUGCAAGGCAGUGUAAGCAUUGUUUGUGCACAAAUGCUGAUUGAGAAAAGUGCUAGAUUGAAAAUAAUACCCAUAAUCACGACGUACAUUGAGUACAUACUGCAUAGCAAAUGAUAUUUUUAUGAGCAUAUGCUGCCGUGAGAAUUUUACAUGAAAUUAUAUACGACAUGUAUUUCGUUUAGUAUGUCAAGAUGGUACCGGGUACGCAUACAGGUGAGUAACAAGAAGUCACAACAGGUA